GCAGUACUGCUGCUAAUAAUAAAAGUCAAAAGAGUCCUGGGAGGAAAGGAAGGAAGAGAAGUCGAUAUGGCUUCUUCCUCAGCAGAAUCGACUGUGGCCGCCGAACCCCAUUCCAAUCUCCCGGAGCAUGAGAAUGAUGACAUGGGCUCUCUCUUCGAGGGAAUGGUUCUCUUUACUACUCCUGUCCAUACGGACUCGAAUUCCAUUUCUGAUGAUCAAAAUCAGGGCAAACGAGUAUCCCACGAUGCUGAUGCUGCUGCUGCUGCUGCUGAUUCUUUAUCGCAAUUAUCAUCAUCAUCUUUGCCGCUUGACGAGGACUUGUUCUCCGAUCUCAGUCUCAUCGUUGCUGCACCUGAUGAUCGUCCGCCCUCGCCCUUGUCUUCACCCUCAGCCUCAUCACCCGCGGCAUCUCACCCUCAGCCACAUCUGUCCACCCGAAAGAAGAGGAGAGCUGCUGGUUUAAGGAUCGGAUACGGCAGAGAUAGAGAUGGUCCCCAACCACCGUCGCGGCAACAACUUCCCGAUCCCAACCACCACUCCCUCCAAUCCAAACCACCAACUUUCCCAGUUGCAUAUUAUCACACAUCUAAUACAAACGUGGCCGUGGCGGCCCAUCAGGACGGUGGUCAUCAGAUUCGUGUUCACUUGGCCACCCAGCAACAUUCGCCGCCCCAUUCUGCUGCUUCCACCACCUGCUCACGCGAAGCAGAUAUUCAGCAGCUGGAAGAAAAUGAAGCAAAACAACAUGACGAAGAGGAACCAGUGCUAUCAAAUCAUCCCACUGGCAGCUGCCAAAUGGUCGAGUUCAGAUUUGAAGAAAUCAAGACUUGCAUGACCGAGAAGCUCAAAAAAGCUCGGGAAGCCGUUUCUUUUCUCUCUGCUGCUCGCAAGGACUCUAUCAGAAAGAGAAGAAAAGCCGCGCUGCAAUGGAGUCAGGCAUCUGCCAAGUAUAGGGAACUGGAGAAGCAACUGGAGGAAGCUUGUGAAACUGAGGAUUUUGAGAAAGCUGAGCGGGUUAGUGAGAGCCUUGCUCCCGCCGAGAAGGACAGGGAGCUUCUGGUUGUUGCGCUGCGUGAUGCAGAAGCUGAAUGUGAUGCGUUUGACUCCAGGAUGCAAGAGGCACUGCAGAGCCAGAUUCUAGCUGAGGAGGAAUCUGCCUCUUUGCUCCGGAGUUUUGCGUUGGAUGCUUCAAAUGGUGCAGAUUUAGUCCUAGAGAAUGCUAAAGCUGUGUCUUUGAGGGAAACAGAGGAAUGGCUUUUAUCUACUGAGGAGUUAGAGCUAAAAAAACUUCAAUUGGAGAUUGAAUCCCAGCUGAUAAAUGAAGCACGACUAGCUUUAAACAACUCCAUUGAGCUCUCGGUGGAAGACGAUCAUCGAGAAAGAGAUAUUCUUUACAUAAAACGAGAAAUUUUGGCGGACGAACUGGAGAAACUGCUUGCUUUAGUAAAAGAAAAGGAAGCUGAAAUAGCAGAAAAUAAUUCUAAAAUUGAAACAGUUGAAAGAAGGAUUGAUGGUGUCUUCUCGAACUUUGAACAGGUGCAUUCAAGCUUGGAUGAAAAGCAUAACAAUCUGGAGCUAGACCUUCGUCAGCUGGAUUUGGAGCACGAACUUUUAACUAAUAAGAAGAAACAAAUUGAUGAUGACCUCUCUCAGGAGGAAGUGAGGGGGGAAGAGAUCAGAGAAAUUUCUAGAAUCUCAGCAAUUGAAGCAAGCAUUUGUCAAGAUGUUGUUGGGCUUCGGAAGAGCAUGCUGCAGCUUAUUCAGAAAUUCAUUGAAGAUAAAAUGAAGCUUUCUAAGACCGAACAACAAUUUACCGAGGAUGUCAAUAUGCUCAAACUUGGAAUUUCAUCUGCUAGAGCUUCUCUCCAGGAGCUGUCCUCGUCAAAGUCAAGCAUCCAACAGGAAGUUGAAUCCUGUAAACAGAGGCUUUUCUUUAUAGAUAAAAGACUCCCUGAGUUGGAGGCUGAGAAGAAAGUUGCUGCAACUACCAGAAAUUUUAAAGAAGCAGCACGUAUAGCCACCGAAGUGAAGGCACUCUCUGUUGAAAGGGUGGGAAUAGGGAUAAAGAUGGGGGACGCCAAAUCACAGCUUCAGCAGCUUGAAGAACAGAUUUGCAAUACAGUCAACAGACUUGAACAAACUGAAUCACAGGUUUUAUUGAGAGAAAAGGAAUUGGAAAUGGCUAGAUUCCAGAGACUAACUCUAAUCGCUGAAGCUGCUACAGCCGAAAGAUUUGCUGCUAUAGAGUUAGGUGACCUUGAAGAAGCUGAUGUUUUACUUGCAGAAGCUGAUGCUGCAGCUUCUGAAGCAAGAAAACUUCUGCUUCUUCGCAAUUUUAGGGAUGAAGAUCUAUCAGAUCUACCUAAACAUUUUGUCCCCAUCGAACUUGUAUCCAAGCUUGAGGGUAAGCAGCUGGCUGAACUGAUGGCAUCUAUUCAUAGUAGAGGUGGUUAAUUCUCCUUCCAACUUUACAUUCCCACUGGCAGGAUAACUUUUUUAAAGAACCAACCGACUGACACCCCACUUCCCCACCUUCAAAAGGGAAACAUAGACCAGAAGAAGAAUCGCAGCAGAGAUACAAACCAGGUAAACAAAAAUGUGAAGACAUGAAAAAAAAAAGGGAACGACGGUCAGUGGCUGGAUGUCAACUUUUAACUGCAUGGAGAGAUUAUCUGGAUAUGCACUAAUGUGUGUGUGUGUUACACUUAUUUUCACAUAAUUUUUUGCUGCAAGUUCUUGAAAUAUAGGGUAGAAAUUUAAGAAGUUGAAUCAGGAAUAUCUUAAGACACUGGAAAUAAUGUAGGAGUGAUGUACAUAGUGCAUGUACCGGCACAGCACAUGAAGUGGACGAAAGUUUUACGUGUUCAAGGCAGGGAAAAAUAUGCUACUUCUUGUUGACUUGUUCGUGA